UUGACUCAUUUGAAUUUUAACUAUAAUAUGUAAUUCUGAUUUUGUUUCCAACAUUUCCAACAAAGCUAAAAUAUUACCGCUUUGUUAAAAACAUGAUUUCCAGAUGGGGGAGAGAGAGAGAGAGAGAGAGAGAGAGAGAGGCGCUAAUACGAUGCAAAUGCGUGUCGCUUCUCGUGUGUGGUUGGGGUAAAUUUCUCAGAGCGGAACAGAGCCCUGACCUCCUCCUCAUUCAUUCUGCUGGGGCUUAAAGCCUCCCAUUCUAGUGCACUCCAUUGAAAAGCGACAUUGAAAGCGAAUCCCGGCCGCCGUCAUCGUCCUCUGUGCUUUGUCUGAGCUGAGCUUUAAUAAGCACUGAGGCGAGGCCCUGCACUUCAUCUCAUCCUCACAGCAACAAGCCAAACUCACACCACUUUCUUCAGUAAUGGGUUGUUAUGAGUGCUGCAUGCGGUGCCUGGGAGGAGUGCCCUACACGUCCGUAGUGGCGACUCUUCUCUGCUUCUCUGGCAUCGCGCUGUUCUGUGGCUGUGGGCAUCAGGCCCUCACCGAGACAGAGAGACUCAUCGAGACCUACUUCGCCCGCAACCUGCAGGACUACAUCACUCUAGCCUACCUUAUUGAGUACUUCCAGUACAUUAUCUACGGUCUGGCCAGCUUUUUCUUUCUCUACUGCAUUGCACUGCUGGCUGAAGGCUUUUACACAACCAGUGUGGCUAAGCAAACAUUUGGCGAGUUCAGGAGCACUGUAUGUGGCCGCUGUCUCAGUACAACGUUCAUUGUGAUCACGUAUUUCCUGGCCAUCAUCUGGCUGCUGGUCUUUGCUUUCUCUGCACUUCCUGUCUUCUUCUUUUACAACAUGGCUGCAACCUGUCGCACCAUUGACUUUCUCUCAGAGACGCCCUCAAGCAUUAAUCAGCUGUGCAUGGAUGCCAGACAGUUUGGUUUACUUCCAUGGAACACAGUGCCAGGAAAAGCUUGUGGAAUGACCUUGUCCAAUGUAUGCAAAACAAGAGAGUUUUACUUGACCUACGACCUCUACAUUGCUGCCUUCGCUGGAGCCGGAAUUACGUUAUUGGCUCUGCUCACGUACACGGUCUCCACAACCUAUAAUUUCGCUGUUCUGCGUUAUCUGGGGAGGAAAGGUUUAGGUGCACGGUGUUAAAGCACUCUGUCCUUUCCUGCAAUCCAUGCUGUUUCUGUCCACUGUGCACCGUAUGGAAGGACAGAAGGAACUUCUUCACCUAUCAAUUCAACACCUUUUGGUUUCUCCUUAAGACUUUCUUCCUGUCUGACUGACACACUUUAUAUCAAGGCCAACUGAGGUUUUUUUUUUUUUUUUUGGUCCAACAUGUAUUGAUUUAGAUCCAGAACCAUGGAGGUGAAACUUUUUUUGGGGGAGGGAUUCGGGAAGCAGGACAACAGACUGUUUGAUGACCGUUGAUUCAUUGUGUGAUAUUGUGCCGACUCAUGUCUUAAUAGUGCCUUUUCUCCACUGAUGGACAGGAAGCACAGGAUUGCACGCCGUUUGGUACCGAGAUGUUCGCUAAAGUAUUUGUGUGACUUGUUCGUUUGUUUUGUUUUUUUUGUACUCUCUCCCUCUAUAGAUUUAAUGUUUUUUUUUUUUUCUUUUUUUUUUAUUCUAUAAGUGCCAACAUCCCUUACACGGUCUGGGAUGUUGGUUUUCCUCCAAUCCCAUCCAGCAUGGGUGUCUAGUGUUACUCUGUAGUGUAAUAAGCAAUUUAGUUAUUUUAUUAUUAUUUUUUUACAUUUGAUAAAUGCAUUUUGUUUUAAAUAACUGUUAAUAAGAAAACAUUCGGUAAGAUA